AUGAAAGCCAUCCUGUCACCACAUAUGCUGCUACUCAAAUUCCCUACACACUCGGGAAUCGGCCAGGUUCGAGGGGACCAAUUGAGCGCUCGGAUAUGCUACGUAUCAUCCACGGAGGAAUCGGCAACCCGAGCGUCAAGGCAAAAGAUGCCUGAAAUGCUGACCGUUACCUGCCCAAGCAAGCCGAACGACAAGGGAGGGACCGAACGUCCCGAUGACCCCCGGGACGACAACGUGAUGCUGCAAGCUCAACCUACCGAGGAGCUUGAGACGAUCUCCAUCUCUGACACGCAAGAUCGGCACCUCCCUCAAUCCGUCUCUCCGAGCCGACUUCAUUACCUUUUUAAGGGUCAAUUCGGAAGUUUUCGCCUGGUCUUACAACGAUAUGCCUGGCAUCUCCCCGGACGUCAUCAGCCACAAACUCAGCAUCUCCCCUUCUUCCAAACUGGUCCGACAGAAGAGAAGAUCCUAUGA